CUGCACAUUGGGGGGGCGCUUUGGCUGCCCUGUGUCCGGGCCAGGGGUUGCUGGUGGGGGGCGAUGCUGACGGCGUUGGCGGAGGCAGCGAGCCCCCCCUUCCAUCUCCCUGAAAGGCAGGUAUUCGGCGAGGUCUUGGGGCAGGACCCGAGGCGUUUUUAAGGAUUCCCGAGUCGUGCGAGAUGCAAAAAGCCUGAACUCGUGGUGCAGAGAUGACACCGUUCUUGGACCAACCGAGACCGUGCCAGAAAGCAUGUCAAUAGUGCCAGGCAUUCGCCCCUCCGCUGGCCCUGCCCAGUGCGACCCUCUCGGCACCAAAGUCCAUGACUAGACGUCGCGAAGGCGAGCGGUGCCUUGGACGCCUUCCCGAGGCAGCAUGGACUUGGCUUACAUCUGCGAGUGGGAGAAGAGGCCCAAAAGCAACCACUGCCCUUCAAUCCCACUGGUUUGUGCUUGGUCCUGCAGGAACCUGAUCGCCUUCACGACAGACCUCAAAAAUGAAGAGGAAAAAGAUCUCACCCACAUGGUCCAUAUCAUCGACACAGAGCAUCCAUGGGACGUUUAUUCCAUUAACUCUGGGCACGUUGAAAUUAUCACCUGCUUAGAAUGGGAUCAGUCAGGCUCCAGGCUCUUGUCAGCAGAUGCGGACGGACACAUCAAGUGUUGGAGCAUGACGGAUCACCUGGCCAACAGCUGGGAGAACACGGUGGGCAGCAUGGUAGAAGGAGAUCCAGUCGUGGCCCUUUCGUGGUUGCACAAUGGGGUGAAGCUGGCCCUACAUGUGGAAAAGUCCGGAGCAUCCAACUUUGGAGAGAAGUUCUCUCGAGUCAAGUUCUCUCCGUCGCUGACGCUGUUUGGGGGGAAGCCCAUGGAAGGCUGGAUCGCCGUGACCAUCAGCGGCCUGGUGACAGUCUCCCUCCUGAAGCCCAACGGGCAGGUGCUGACGUCCACGGAGAGCCUGUGCCGUCUGCGAUGCCGCGUGGCCCUGGCGGACAUUGCCUUCACGGGUGGGGGGAACAUUGUGGUGGCCACGUCGGAUGGGAGCAGCACCUCCCCUGUGCAGUUCUACAAGGUGUGCGUCAGCGUGGUGAACGAGAAGUGCAAGAUCGACACCGAGAUCCUGCCCUCCCUCUUCAUGCGCUGCACCACCGACCCUGCCCGCAAGGACAAGUAUCCGGCCAUCACGCACCUCAAAUUCCUGGCCCGGGACAUGUCGGAGCAGGUACUGCUUUGUGCCUCCAACCAAAACACCAGCAUCGUGGAGUGCUGGUCUCUGCGGAAAGAGGGCUUACCAGUCAAUAACAUCUUCCAGCAGAUCUCUCCUGUGGUCGGCGACAAGCAGCCCAUGAUCCUGAAAUGGCGGAUUCUCUCGGCCACCAACGAUUUGGACCGUGUUUCUGCAGUGGCUCUCCCUAAACUGCCCAUCUCCUUAACCAACACUGAUCUGAAAGUGGCCAAUGACACUAAAUUCUUCCCUGGAUUGGGGCUCGCAUUGGCCUUCCAUGAUGGCAGCGUCCACAUCGUGCAUCGCCUGUCCCUGCAGACCAUGGCCGUGUUCUACGGGUCCUCCUCCCAACGCCCAGUGGACGAGCAGACUAUCAAAAGGCAGCGGACAGCUGGUCCUUUGGUCCACUUCAAAGCCAUGCAGCUCUCAUGGACUUCCCUGGCUCUGGUUGGCAUCGACAAUCAUGGCAAGCUGAGCAUGCUCCGGAUCAUUCCCUCCAUGGGCCACGCACUGGACAUGAACAUGUCCCUCCGGCACCUGCUCUUCCUGCUGGAGUACUGCAUGGUGACGGGCUAUGACUGGUGGGACAUCCUGCUUCACGUGCAGCCCAGCAUGGUGCAGAACCUGGUGGAGAAGUUACACGAGGAGUACAUGCGCCAGAAUGCCGCCCUGCAGCAGGUCCUCUCCACACGGAUUGUUGCCAUGAAGGCCUCUCUUUGCAAGCUGUCCUCCAGCACGGUGGCUCGUGUGUGUGACUACCACGCUAAGCUCUUCCUCAUUGCCAUCAGCUGCACCUUGAAGUCACUGCUCCGCCCGCACUUCCUGAACACUCCUGACAAGAGCCCUGGGGACAGGCUCACCGAGAUCUGCUCCAAGAUCACAGACAUAGACAUUGACAAAGUGAUGAUUAACUUGAAGACGGAGGAGUUUGUGCUGGAGAUGACCACCCUGCAGUCCCUGCAGCAGCUCAUCCAGUGGGUGGGAGACUUCGUGCUCUACCUGCUAGCUAGCCUUCCUAACCAGGGCUCCCCGGUGCGCCCAGGGCACAGCUUCCUGCGGGAUGGCGCAGCGUUGGGUAUGCUCCGAGAGCUCAUGGUGGUGAUCCGCAUCUGGGGCCUGCUGAAGCCAAGCUGCCUCCCUGUCUACACAGCGACCUCAGACACCCAGGACAGCAUGUCCCUCCUCUUCAGGCUGCUGACCAAGCUCUGGCUCUGCUGCCGCGACGAAAAUCACCCGACCGAGCCGGACGAUACCUUGAUUGACGAGUGUUGCCUGCUUCCCAGCCAGUUGCUCAUCCCUAAUAUUGACUGGCUGCCCAUCAAUGACGGCAUCAUCAGCAAGCUGCAGAACAAGCAGCUGGUCAGGCUGCAGUUUGGGAAAGCCCCUGGGCUCAUCGGCUACACGGUGUCUUCGCAGUUCGAUGCCUUUGUCAGAGGGCCCCUCAUGCUGUGCAUGCAAUGCAUCAGCCCUGGCAGCUGGAGUCUGAGACCCUUUCUCCUACCCAGGGCACCGGGACAACCCAAAAUCGACCACCUGCGCCGGCUGCACUUGGGGGCAUACCCCACUGAGGAGUGCAAGUCCUGCACCCGGUGCGGCUGCGUGACCAUGCUGAAAUCGCCCAACAAAACCACGGCGGUGAAACAGUGGGAACAACGGUGGAUCAAAAACUGUCUGUGCGGGGGGCUGUGGAGGCGGAUGCCCCUCAGCUAUUUCUGACAGCACCUCCUGCAAGGCAGCAGCACACACUAGGAAGGGGAAAGGCAGCCAAGAGCAGGCUCAGAAACCUCUCAGGGCUGGGGCCGGAAGAGAUCUCUGGAACCCAGAGAUCACAUGCGUUGCCCUUCGUUAUCAGCCGAAGAGAUGAGACGCAGCUUUUAGGCCCUCCUUCGUUUUCCCUGAAUUCAUUUUACUUUCCCGCACUUCUGUGCUCCAAGAUGAAAAGAAACGAGGGUUUUGAACGGGACAAGCAGCCUUGCCAGAAGGUUUUUUGCUGCUGUCAAGACCAGAUGAGGCAUCAGAGAGCACGGGAAGUCAGCCACCGUGGAACCAGCAGCUCCUUUGUACAUAGCUUCUCUUAAAUUUUGUACCAAAUGCCUCAGUAAACAUCUUUGCAAAAGCUUGA